AUGUCCACUGAAGGUGACUACAAGUGCGUGAUACAGACAGACUUUGCGGGGGAGAUCAGCGCUGCAGCGAACCCUUCAGUUGCUUCUGAUGAUGACCAGAGUAUUAAGUGCACUGUCCCCUUGACGAGUAUGAACAUAACCGCCGUUCCGAGGUCCCUACCAAUUGUCGUUACAUACAAGGGUGUUCAGAUAUACAACCCUUCUGAUAGUGCCAAAUUGGUGCUCUACAGUUGUGAAGACGUCCAGGAUUGCAGCGCGUGUAUAGGACUAGGACUGGAGGCGCGCUACGGCUGCACGUGGUGCCGGACAAUCAACACGUGCGUCAGGAUUAACGACUGUGAGCCAAAGAAUCGAGUUACGGGGAACAAGUGCUCGGGCCCAAUAAUUACCAACACAUACCCAAAACGAGGACCUCUGAAAGGUGGAACCUUGCUGACGGUUGAGGGAACCGACCUCAGCAUUCAGUUUAGUGAUGUCAAGAACAUGACAGUUGCUGGACAACCUUGUGACAUUGAGGAUUCUGGAUACAGAGUAUCAACCAGAGUAACCUGUACAACCAGAGCUGUAUCCAGACCGGAUGAAGGACGAGUAGUUCUCAACAGUAUUAAUGGAAGAGUUGUCUCUGAUUCCACUUUCAGUUACCGAGAAGCGAGCAUUUCUAAGGUUACCCCCUUGGUUGUACUGAAAACUGGUGGCACUACUGUUGAUAUAUCAGGCUCGCAGCUAGACAUGGGAGCGCAGAUGAACAUUACAUUGUCGGGAAAUCCCUGUCAGAUCAUCUCAAAGGGCGCUACGAUUAGGUGUCGUACAAUCCCUCUGGAAGACGGAGCUCAGAUGGAAGGGAAGGUCGCUGUUAAUAUAGACAAUGCUCAGUAUAUCAGUGUCGAGAAGUUCACAUUUAUCGAUGUUCCUGAAAUUGUCAAAGUUUUCCCAAUGGACACCGUGAGAGAGGGUGGCAUAAACGUAACAUUAACGGGUACUCGAGGGUUUACAGCUAUUACCUCAGCGAAGAUUUAUUACACUGAUGAUUCCACUGUGCUUUCCGAGAACACUACGUGUCUCCCCAUGCCUACUGUUUCUGACAGUUCGAUGGUUUGUACCACUCCAGCCAUUGCUAAAUCAGUCAACAUAAGCGACGAAGGAAAGCGAGUUGAUAUUUCUCUGGUCCUGGAAGAUUAUUACACAACAGUUCUGCAAAACAUCGUCUUCACUGUUUAUCCAAACCCUGUCAUAGAUUUGGAGGGUAUGGACACUUCCCUCUCUGCGGGGGAGCCACUCGUCAUAUCGGGUAGAUAUUUUGACCGAGUGAAAGGGAUAAAAGUUCUGCUGAACGAGACAGAAUGCCUGGGUCUGGACGUGUCCGACACGAUCCUGACUUGCGACGUGCCCGAUCUUUUAGCUCCAGCUCCAGAAGAUAUCACCACACGGCGGCGGCGACAGACGACGACGGGCGAGGAAUCUCCUCCCGACGACAAGAAUGUUAUCUCCAGAAGCAUCAAUAUUACGGUGGUUUUAGGAAACUUCAGAUCAGAUCCCAUACCUGGCACCUUUAUCAAGGAGAUCCCAAUAAAGGGUAAUAUAAUAGGGAUAGUGGGGGCCUGUGCUGCUGGAGGUAUAGUCGUGAUACUUCUCCUCGGACUCGUCUGUCUCCUUCACAAGAGGAGAGUUCAACAGAAGAAACAGUUAAACACUUGAUGUUACAUGAGAUGGAGAAGAUAGAGGUGCGUCUUGCGGAGGAGUGUAAACAAGUGUUCACAGAAUUGCAAACAGACCUGGCUGAUCUGAACAGUGACUUCAGUCCUGCUACUAUUCCAUACCAUUCAUUUGAUGAGUACGCUCUCAAAGUUCUCUUCCCAGCGCAAGACGACUACCCGGUCCUCCAGGACCCUGCAGAUCUGGCCACCUACGAGGAGAGUCUUGUUGUGUUCGAGAAACUCAUCAAACAAGAGGAGUUCCUGUUAACCCUGGUCGAGACACUGGACAAACAGAGACAAGUCUCAAAAAGAGACAAGAGCAACAUUGCUGCUCUCAUUAUUGUGUCUCUGAUGGAUGACAUGAGUUAUAUCACCUCCAUAUUAAAGCAACUCCUCUCUAAACUUAUUGAAGACACUGUGAAUAACGAUGCGCGGCGUAUGAAGCUGUUAUUGCGCCGCUCAGAGCACAUUACUGAGAAAUACCUGAGUAACUGGCUGACCUUCAACCUUCACUCGUUCCUGGUGGAGUCUGCAGGACAACCUCUCUACGUGCUGUACAGAGCCAUCAAACAACAGAUCGAGAAGGGUCCAGUGGACUACAUCACGGGUAACGCCCGCUACGCCCUACAUGAGAAGAACCUGCUCAGUAGGAUUACCGACUUUAACAAACUCAAUGUAAUGGUCUAUCUGGAGGAUGAUCCUUACCUCAAGGAUACUCCCUACACUCCACUCAAAUCCUGCCAGGUUUCAUUGCUGUCAUGUGACACCAUCUCUCAAGCUAAAGCUAAGAUAAUAGAUGCCAUGUACCGCACAGUACCCGACUCUCUAAAACCCACCCCUAAUGAUGUAGAUGUAGAGUGGAAGAAUGGGAGCUCCUCCUCCCUCAGACUGGUGGAUAUGUUACACAACACCCAGGACGGGUGGAAGCAGCUAGACACGCUGGGGAGCCUCAAUAUAGACGACCAGGCUGUGUUCCAAUGUAUCCCCAGACAAUCUCCCCCUCCAUUUAUGUCGCAGAGUGGUGGUGCUCCCAGUUGCAAUUCUCUCCUUCGAGAAAUAGAAAACGGUCGGGUGUGGCAUCUUGAACGGGAGGUUGACAACGAAUCAGACGGGAAAGGGAUGACAGGAGUCAAAACGGUUCCAGAAGUAUUCCUCACUCGACUUUCUGCAACUAAAAUACCUCUUCAGAAGUUCGUGGACGACUUGUUCAAUGUAAUAUUUACACCAAAUGAGGGUAUCACUGCUCUCCCACCAUGUGUAAAAUACUUGAUGGAUUUCUUAGACUCUGAAGCCGCCAGACUACAGAUAAACGAUCCUGAGGUGUUGCACACGUGGAAGAAUAACGCGUUACCUCUACGCUACUGGAUCAGCAUUAUAAAGUCACCCGACGUAGUGUUUGAUGUCCGAAAGAACAAUAACAUUGACAGUUGCCUGUCAGUCAUCGCCCAGACUUUUAUCGAUGCGACCUAUUACGAAGACAUGACGAUAGACAAGUCCUCCCAAUCCUCACGUCUCCUCUACUGUAAAGAGAUCCCAACCUACAAACAGCACGUUCGGGAGUUCUACGGGGAGAUCACGACCUGCCGACCCGUCACUGAGGCUGAGGUAGACGCUGCUUUCACUAAAAACAAAACAGAGACCACCCUCCGCAGGCGUUCAGCGCUCUACGAGCUGUUUAACUACGGGUGUAGGUUUAGCGAGGAGCUGCGGGAGGCUCUCCAGGACAAGGGAUACAGAGACCUAGCUAAUCAGUUCAGUUAUAUUGCUGAUGUGGGCCUCGAUAACUCUGACUCAGCUGCUUUUGAUCCUGUUAAGGUGUAGCAUAGGGCGCUGUGAGGGUACGCUCUGUAUUUUACUUUAGGAGAUGAGAGAUGGUGAUAUUAUCAGGUGGUGACCACCGGUGAAAGGAGCAAAAGAUUGUCAUCAAAUGUACAAAACAGCUCCGUGUGAAGCUACAUUCCUGAGAUAACAAAGAAUGCACAGUUUAUCAACAACAUUGUUACUGGAAACCGUAAUAGGGCUACCACUUCUAAAGUCUCCCUAUCUAUCGACAAUCUUAUAUGUCUAUGAUAUUCCGAAAUCAUUACGUUUCAGUUACUUUCUAUCAUAAUUAAUUUUUGCAUGUUGAUGUAGUCAUUUUUUAAGUAGGAACCAUUUUCAAACAAUUCGAAACCAUGUGACCGGACUGAGUUUUGAAUUAUUUUUCUGUACAGCCAUUACUAAAGUCUGUAUGAUAUGCUUUGCACCAUUAUUGUCAGUCUUUGCACUGUCACUCGACAAGUUACCAAGUUAUUUAUUUCAUGAUUUUUGCAGAUUUUAUUGGAUCAAGAGGUGAAAUUUGAUAUGAUUAUAAAUUAUUAUCUUUAUCCUUGACUCAACUAGCUUAAUGAUUGUUCAAAAGAGAAAUAUAUUAAAGAUAUUUUGUUAUAUUAUUUAAUUUUUAUAAUAAUUUCACGAUAUUUG